UUAUAAACUGUACAAUUAGUCCACAUUGUAUUUUAUAAAUAGUACCUUUGAGUCUUUAAUCAUUCCUGAGCUCUAUGCGAAAAUGAAUACAUGUGGCUACCGGUGGACACAAUAAAACUGAUACUUCUGUCUUUGCAUAUGACUAUGCAAGUGGCCGAAAAUAACGAACUGACCAGAGCCAAAAUAAAUAUUUUUACUAAUGAAUAUGUUCCAUACGGAAGACCAACACCUAUCGUCAUUACAAUGGAAGAGCUUCCAGUUAAGUAUUCAAUUACCAUACACCUAAGCACUUCCAGCUACCUUUUAGCUUUCUUUGAAGUGGGAAAGGUAGCAAACAAGAUGCAGCCAAAAUUUUUGAAAACCCUAUCAAUCAGCAAUCAGCUUUCUUUGCUCGGAAUUAAGGCCCGAAGGAAAAUAAUGUAUGAUAAGGGUUACUUCGCAAAGAUAAUAGCCAUUUUUUGGUCUGCGAAUGAUAAGGUCAUUACACUACAAGGUCAAUUGCCUUCACAGCCAUGGGUACAUAAAGUCAUGGAAAUCGUUGAAGUUAAAGUGAAUCUGCCAACGCAUUGUACGCCACAAAUAGUAAUAUUAAAGGGCUCAGACCCCCAAUCUCCAAUAAAAAUUGCCGUCAACCGCAGAUUUAUCAUUAGGGUUCUCUUUUUGGAAACAUGCAACUUUACAAUUAGAGCUAGCUUUAGAUGGCAUUUGACGGACGCAGCUGAAUUAAAACACUUUUCAAAAUACUUUACAGAUAAUCCUUGGCUGAUUAUUCGACGAUAUUCUUUAAGGUUUCAAACUAAGCAUGAAAUUUGGAGAAACUUGUUAGUUUUCCAUGUAGAGGGGAAUUUUAAUGGUUUUUCCUUCGCGUCCCGGUGUUAUCUGAAGUUGGCUAUGGGUCAAGUACAGGCCGUAAUCGAAGGAGGUGAAUCAAGACGUGCUGCACACAAUGAAAUACUUUGGAUUAACGGUUCACUGAGCCGUGAUUAUUCAAAAAAAUACGAAGUCAAACAGUUUUCUACUUACAAUUGGAACUGUGACUCAUGGGACGAUUAUAGUAAUCCAUUCUGCUAUCAUAAUAUAUCUUCGGUUGACGCUUUUAUGAUUCCUGCGUACUCCUUCAAAAGUGGGUGCAGCUAUAUCUUUCGUCUGCUUUUGGCUGACGAUGACAACCCUAAUCGCGGUUCACUAAAUGUGCAGACAAUUACAAUGACAGACUAUAGAAUGCUGCAAGUUACGAUCGAAUGUUUAUUCAACUGUGAAAUGGAUUUUUUUAGCCCUUUUUCUAAUGUUCGUCUUGCUGCUAGAUGCACAAACUGCGAAACUCAGACGGUGAGAUACCAGUGGUAUGUGGGUGGUCAGCUCACUCUAACUAGUAAAGACUUGAAUUUGUAUAUACGCACCGUAGCGAAUACUUCAAUAGUUCAGCUCAUAGUAACAGCAAAAGAUGGAUGGUUUGGUCAGGACAUUAAGUAUCUAACCAAAAACUCUGGACCGACUAUAGGAAAAUGUUUUGUAAAACCUACAAAAGGGCAAGAAGCGCUAACACCAUUUUUUCCGUGCUGCAAGAAUUUCGAUACGAAGAACAAUCCAAUAGAGUAUUGGUAUUAUGCUGGACAUGUACUGCUUGACAAUUGCUAUGACUGCAAUUGUGAAGUACACUUACCUGUUACUAAUUUUAUAAAAGUGCUUGCUUGUGAUAGCUUUCAGGCAUGCCGCACUAGCUGGAUAAAGGUUAAAGUUACAGCUCUGCUGAAUGUCCCCGCUCAGCCACCAGAUAUUCUUUGGAAAUAUAUUACUAAUUCACCUCAUAAUAUUCUUACACUUCCUGAAGAAGGUCUCUUGCUUCGGUACUUUCAAACAAUACAGUCUAUUGCUUCGCACAUAAAUCACAUUGAUUCCGGCCUAAUGUUGUUACGCGCCUUAAAAGGCAUAUAUCCACAGACGCGUGUUUCUCUCGGAAAAUUGGCCAAUUUGACAUUAACAUUAGCACAUCGUUUAAAGCCCAUUGAUGCAAAAGAACAACACUUGCUAGCUACUGUGGUGAAAAUAAUGAACAAUAAUUUUCAGCGUUUAUAUCAUAAUGAUAUGAUCUACCUACUAAUUGAACAGCCGCUUUUCGAUGUAACCCAGGCUUGCGUAACCGUCUACCACAUGAUGAACCGUAUGUGUAAAGAAACACCCCUACCACCCAAGCCCAUUUAUGUCCAAUACCAGCUAGCUCUUAAAUCAGGAAAGCUUGUAAAAGGUGUUUUUGAUAAGCUUUGGGCUGAAAUUAACAAUUUUGAUGAUGAACAGGACAAGCUUAGAUCCCUAACCUGGCUUAGGUCCACUUGGGAAACUCAACGACUAUUUCACUAUCUCGGAUAUGCUCGUCAGCAUGGUCUUAAGGCAGACACCAGCGGAGACUCGUUCUACGAGGGAGUAGCACUGGAAAUACAAUGCUUUUCAAUUGAGCGCGAUCAAUCAUAUAAAAUUGAGACGAGUGACAGUAUGCACAGAGUUUUUUUCUCUUCAGCACUUUUGAAAGAAGUAAAGGAAAACAACAAGGAUUACAUAUGUCUUAAAGUAGUAUCUAUCAAACGUGAGCUGAAUUGGUGGUAUCCAGAAGAAAAGCAACCCAGUACUAUUCUGCUUUCUGUUCGUGUGUUUCAUUAUGAAGAACAUUUUAACGUAGAGACUGUUCUCAAGAAUAGCGAAAUUAGCUUUACUACAUUUAUAGGAAAUGUGGAAAAUGAGUCUUCAAGCAAUAUGCCGAGGACAACAGGUCUGAAUUCUUCUAAAAGGUUGUCAUACCUUGGAUGGACAUCCAUUGGGGAUGCUUCGACUCGUGCAGCCAUACAUUCCUAUGAUGCAACUGUAGAUAGCAAGCAUAUAAAUUGCCAUGAAGAGGGUACAAUUAUAAAAAUGCAAGAUGUACGUAUGUACCGUAUUAUGCUUGAAGAGAAAACCAUGUUAGCAGUGCGGUUCAUUAGCAGCACGCAUAAACUUCAAGUAUUGCUCAAAACUGAAGUACAACCACUGUUCUCGGAUAUAUCGAAAUCCUUAUGUAUUGUUCCGGCGAAUUCCAGAAACAAGACUUUUCUCUUGCGAAACAACUGUAUGCAGGGAAAACGGGCAUAUAUGGCAGUACGAGUAUGGGAAAAGUCCCCGUUAAAAAGUCGCCUUAAAACACCAGUACUAGAUGGUCCUGCUAAAUUCGACUUCGUUUUUGAAAUGCGUAGCUGCGAUUAUUGGCUAUACAGUCUGCCAGCAGAUGAACAACACUGGGCGCACGACGGUUGCUAUCCUUCGUUGGAUUUCGGGGUUAAAAAGGGAAUGCAUUGUACGUGCAAGAUUUUGGGCACAUAUACCAGCUAUGUAUACAAUGUUCCCGCUAUAAUGGUGCCUGUAAAUCCGUAUGCGAAAGUGGAGCUUAACCUCAUAAUAUUAUUAUUUUAUUUACUUAUUACUUCCUUUUUACUAAUUUGGUUAUUGUGGUUCUACUUAUAUCGAAACAUUCCCAUCAGCAAGACAGUUGUCUGCCAAAUGGUUGAUUUGGAAGACGACUCAGCAAGGGAAGUACAUGAUCUGUUAAUCCAUGUAAAAACAGGCGGACGAGUCAAUGCCGAGACAACAUCAUCGGUUAAGCUUUCUCUUUUUAGUACCCAGCACCAUGAGAUGCAAUUUACGCUCGUGCAGGAUCCCGAACAUCUAGAUCUACAAAGAAAUACAACGUAUAUUCUUUGGCUACGAACGCGUGACAUAAGGGUACCUACCAAAAUCGCCGUAUCACAUAACAACGCCGGACGAUUUCCCAGUUGGUAUUUGCGUCGAAUUGAGGUAAAUGAUGUACAGACCCAGGAGACGCAAGUUUUUGUUGCCCGAAGAUGGGUGAAAGAAAAGAUUUUAAUUUUGACAUCGGUCUUGAUCUUUAAACCUGGCGAUGUGAGAGUAGUAGGAACUUGGAAACGUAGAUUUCGACUAAACUAUGAAAUGCUUUGGACCAAUUGGGCGAUGUGGCAGCCAAUAACCGGGAAAUGGAGAGAAACAAAUACUUUUCCUAGUAUGUCACGGGCUAAACGCUUUUGUGUGUUUAUUAGUAAACUAGUAAUAACAUACACCAUCUGCGCUUGUUAUUUUCGACCCACGACUCCAGACAGUUUGCAACUGGACCGAGCUAAGUUCCUUAAUUUCGAAGAUUUGAUUAUACUGAGCGUUAUUUGCAGUUUUGUAGGAUUGGUUAUGCAAUUAAUUUUUGAAUGGCUAAUACGUCAAUAUGUCUAGCAAUUUAUUUAAAAAAAUGGAUUUCGUUUAAAAAUUGUA